AUGAACUUGGAUCUAGAGCUGGACACAUGCUACUACCAUGGGAUGACUGUCAUUGGAAAGACAGCAAUCCAGUUUGUUUUUCCAUUCUACCUCUGGAUAUUGACUGGACUCAUCAUAUACUUUAGUCGUAGCUGUGCACUGGUGUCGAGAGUAGCUGGAAAGAACAGUGUCAGACUACUUGCAACGAUAAUUCUCUUGUCGUACACCAAACUGAUUCGAACAGUCAUCGAUGUGAUGUGGCGAUCAAAACUCUAUCAGCUCAAUGACACUCACAUCACCUACUAUGGCAGUGUCUGA